AUGGAUCCAGAUAUAUGUAAAAGGUUCAAGAAUGUAUGGGAAUGGCUUCCCGAUCAAUUGGACAGCAAAGGAAAGUAUCAAAUUAAAGAUAAACAUCUCGAUGGAUAUUGUACUAGUGGGUGUGAUAGUUCUCUCGAUAAAAUUAGUGCUGGAUGCUUAUAUUUGUUUAAUGAAUUCUUUAAGGACGAUUCUACGUUUGAUGUGGUUGCAAAAAGUAACAUCUAUAUUAUUGAAUACAUUUUGAUAUGGUUAAGUUAUAUGUUAAACCUUAUAAAAACUCACGAAUACGACAGUAUAGAACUUUUUUAUAAUACAUUCAUAAAGGAUAGUGGUAAGUAUACUAAUAAUAUGAAAUAUAUUGUUGGUUAUAAUGGUUAUAAGGAUCUUAUAGAUAGAAAUAAAUAUUUUUUAAGUAUGGAUAUGAGCAUUGUAUCUAAAUUAUAUGAUGCAUUUAAUACAUUAUGUAACAUGUAUAAUGAGCUUUAUACAAACAACUCAAAUUGCGAGAAAUAUUCGGAAAAAGCUAUCCAAUUUGUUGAAAAAUAUAAAAAACUUAUCAUAGAUCAUAAAAUUACUGAAGGUAACCCCUAUGUUCAUGUAUUUCUUACUUUAUUAAUUGAUUAUGCUAAUUUAAAAAAUAAAUGUGAAGAUUUCCCAUCCAUUCCAUAUAUAACAAACAUAAUUUCUGAACAUGUUUCUGAAGUUACAUCAAGUUCGUCGAUAGCAAGAAAAUUAAUUCCAAUUUUAUCGAUAUUAGUUGCAAUAGCAAUUUUUUUAGGAAUUUCUUAUAAGUAUUCGUUAUUUGGAUUUCGGAAACGAUUUAAAAAACAACAAAUAAGAGAAAAAAUAAAAAAUAUAAAGAAGAGAAUGAAUAAAUAG